AUGAAUGCAGUGAGCUCGCAAGCCACGCGACAGAUAAACAAGCUGAAUGAAGAUAUUUCAAAAUUGGACAACGACAAAGGGGAGCUGUCGAAUGCGCUGACGGGGCAGAUGGCGGCGUCGCUAGCAGCGCUCAAUCGGACGAUUGACGACUACGAGCAGCUAGCUAAAGGAGAGUUGAACAGCGCCAAGCAGGAAAAAGCACUAUCUCGCUCCGCCGAUCUCCGCAAGGAAGCAAAGGCACUCAGACAGCGUUUCGAAAUAUCCAAAACGAAAGCGGGCGAGAGGGCAACGACAUCGCUCAGAUCUGAUCUCAUUGGAGGGAGUGGUGAUCAUCAACUACGAACUCGCAACGAUCCCCUUUUCCAGCCGAAUAGAAAUGCUCGCCAUAACACCCCUAACACUCCUCAUUGGGAUGAUCUCGCCGUCAGAGAAAACGAUUUCGCUCGUAACGCUAACUCUCAACUCGAUUCAUUCCUCGCACACGGAAGCAGUAUAUUAGAAAACAUGCGCGAUCAGAGAGGGUUGCUCAAGGGGACUAAAACAAGACUGCUCGACGCUGCCAAUGGCGUCGGUCUUGGUAGAACUGCAAUUGGGUUUAUUGAGAGACGAUCCGCUAAGGAUAUCCUCCUUUUCUAUAUCGGUGCUGCUUGCACUCUUCUCGUCAUGUUUGCCAUUUGGUUUUACCUUGGAUGA